CAACUUUGUUUCCCCACACAAUUUUUGAAUUGAUACUAUCGCCUUUGGGCUUUGCAGGGAGCCAAACCCUGUGGGACCGCAAGUCGCUGAUUUGUUGCAUUUCGCCUCGGAGGUUGUUGUUCUAGUCGCUUUGCAUAGUAGCUUAUACUAGCAGCACAUGCAGGCGCUCAACCAGCGGCCCUCAAGGGCCACGACAAAGACUAUGGCGUCGGGGGCCUACAUCGGGGUGAAGCCCGCAGCAAACGUGGUGGGCAAGAAGUCCCCACAGGGCUUUUGGCAGGUCACGACGAAGCAAAUAAGUGCCGCCAAGCGCUCGGGGGCACCCAAGCGCAAGGUGACCACGAUGAUGCCAGUGUCCGUGCCCAAGGUGCUGUGCCGGCCACCUGGGCAGAGGCAGUCCGAGUGGGUGGACCUGUGGGAGGCCUACACCUACCAGAAGGUGGUGUUCAUCAAGGAGGCGAUCACGGAGGACGUGGCCAACAACAUGAUUGCGCUCACGCUGUACCUGGACUCGCUGGACCAGAAGCGCAUUUAUUACUGGCUCAACGUGCCCGGCGGCGAUGUGGUGCCCACCCUGGCGCUGUACGAUACCAUGCAGUACGUGCGCAGCAAGACCGCCACCGUGUGCUACGGCCUGUGCCUGGGCAUGGGCGGCUUCCUGCUCACCGCCGGCGGCGAGAAGGGCUACCGCUUCGCCAUGCCUCACUCCAUCCUCAUGAUGCACCACCCCUCGGGCGCCUCGCGCGGCCAGGCCAGUGAGAUGCACAUUGAGUCGCGCGAGCUGGUGCGCAUGCGCGACUACCUGUCGCUGCUCACCUCCAACGCCACCGGGCAACCCUACGACCGGGUGAUUCGCGAGCUGUCACGCAACAAGUGGAUGGACCCCAAGCAGGCCAUCGAGUACGGCAUGAUCGACAAGGUGCUGACCACCCCCAUGCCCAAGAUGCCCAGCACCGGCCCCUCUUUCAAGUUUGAGCGCCAGAACGACGAGCUGAUUGGGUUGUAGACAGCUGACGGCGGCUCCAGGGAGCUAGGGCGUGCUUGAGGAGUCGAGGUGUUGUGACGAGGCGACAAGUGGCAAGGAUCAGGGUGUGGUGUGCGCUGGGCUAUGGAGGCUUAAAAGGUGGGCGGCCCGCGUUUGACGGGCGGUUGUGCCUGCUUGUAACGCUAUGUGACAUUUUAUGUGUUGUGUUUCUUACACCAUGUGUACUGAGUGCAGCUUUUGCUUUGUGUGAGUUGGAUGCGGGCGGCUCAGGAAAUGCUCCUGCGGUCUGGUGAAGGGUCAGGGGCACCGCUGUGAAGGGCUUCCUAGCGGAGUUCUGUUGUGUGGUAGCAGGCAGGGCGCAUACUGGCAGACCAGAAGCCCAGGCUUGCAGUGCUCGAGGUACUAAGUAGCCGAAGGCUUGCUGAUGCCGAGCAAGGGAAGCAGGAAUGGGGCGGGCCGAGCGGGGCCGGUGGGUGCCAGAAGGCCGACUUGCCCCAUUUUUGCGAAGUCUUUCAUAGCUUGCCAUAUAGCCGCUCCAAGAAUCCGAUGCAAUGAGCUGCCGACUUUCCCUGGGCCGCACCCAGGUCAAGCGGUUUAAGACAACUUUGCUCAGCCUGAACAAAAUUGGCGGGGAGCUCUUGAUCGAGGCAGCACCCCAGCAGCUGGUUCUGCGGAGCAUCAACACCGCCA